AUGGAAUUGUGAUUGGAUUCCGAAGGUGCACCUUCACCUACGCCGCCGUCCGUUCGACAACCUACUCCCCUCUCAGCUACAGCUGCAUUUCCAGAGGGUACUGCAAACGCCUCCGGAAGUCCUGCACCUCCUCCGGCCACAGACGAGUCGACAAUGGUCAUGUCCUUAUUCAAAGACAAGGAUGCGUUCACCGCGUCACCAUCAACCUCAGAGUCUGCUGCUUGCGGUGACUCUUCCGCACUUGUCACGACACAUAUUGACAUCAACUCUGCCAUUUCGCAAAUGCAGCAGCACUUGAAUGCCGCUCAACAGCAACAUACGGUCCAGACUAAUGAUGUUAAAGUAGCUGACUUGUUGCCUGGAUACUCGCCUUGGAUGAGGAAUGCAGGUCGAAAGAAAUCACAUCCUGUUUGGGAAUUCUUUAAAGAUCUCAAAGAUACAAGUAAGUUUAAUUUCAUGCUUUCACGAUGCAUUAGUGCCUAAAG